AUGCUUUCGUCUAACCUGUAUCUUCUGGCCAUGGGCUUGACUCUGUCAACAGCUUUUGCCAGGCCAAAUGUCGUCCGCCGCGACGAGAUUCCCCAACUACCCUAUGAUCCAAACACUACUCCAUACUGCACAUGGUGGGUAGACGAUGAUGGUUCAAGCAAGUGCGCUGAUAUCCCUGCCUAUUGGGCUAUAUCGAUGGCAGACUUUGUCCGAUGGAACCCAUCCGUCGGCAGCAACUGCGCAGGAUAUGUUUCCGGCAAGUCUUACUGUGUCGAAGCAUACGGAGAACCAGCUCCUGGUACUGGCACAACUACUGCUAGAGUCACAACCACUUCAACCACCACUACUUCAAGUACCACUACAACUGGUGGUGCCCCGGGUCCUACCCAGUCAGGACAAGUGGCCAACUGCAACAAAUGGGAUCUCGUUCAAUCCGGAGACACAUGCAGCGUCUACCUGGCUAAGUAUCCCGGCCUUACCUUGGCCAACCUCGUUGCAUGGAAUCCCGCCAUUGGGUCCCAGUGCCAGGCUCUUUGGGAAGAGACAUAUAUAUGCACCGGUGUAACCGGCUGGACCCCUAGCCCGACCACUACCAAGGCUACCACAACCUCUGCAACUCCAACCAAUGGUAUCACCACGCCACAGCCCAUCCAGCCUGGCAUGAUCGCCGACUGCAACAAAUUCCACAUGGAAACAAACUGCUCCGCCUUAUGGCUUGGCUACUAUGUCUGUGUAUCACGCAUCGGCACCGCACCCACCACAACCAAGGCUACCACCACAGCAACAAAGCCAACAAACGGUAUUGCCACUCCAACCCCUAUCCAAGAUGGCAUGGUGGACAACUGCGACAAAUUCCACUUGGUCGUUGAGAACGACCAGUGCACCACAAUUGCACGCAACAGCGGAAUAAGCCUCUCGCAGUUCUACUCAUGGAACCCCACUGUAGGCAAAGGUUGCGAGACGCUCUGGAAUGGCUACUACGUGUGUGUGAAGAUCGUGGGUGUUAACCCCAUUGGCACCACUACCACGAAGACAACCACUACUACGAAGGCAACCACCACUGCCGGUAAUGGAAUCGCUACGCCCACCCCAAUCCAACCCGAGAUGACAACCUCAUGUAAGAGGUUCCACAAGGUUGUUGAUGGGGAUCAGUGUGGGACCAUUGCAUCUGCAGCUGAUAUCUCGUUGAGUCAGUUCAUUUGGUGGAAUCCGAGCGUUGGUGGCAAUUGCCAGUCAUUGUGGCUGGGAUACUGGGUUUGUAUUGGAAACUGA